AGGACCUUUUGAAUAAGUACUCUUGCUUUCUCGUCUUCUCCUCGCCGAAGCGGUUUUGCGUUCGUGUAUCGUGUCGUUCGAUUAAUCCAUAAUCACUCAUAAUUAUCUGGUAUUUCUACAGUAUGGAAGUUGAAAUUCUAGACGCCAAAAACUCAAAAUCACUUGGAAAGUGCCAAGUCAGACAAGACACUACUAUCAAAGCACUGAAAAAUGAGAUACAAAAUCUGAAGAAAUCGCUCACAGUCCAUCGGCAGGCGUUACGAUUGGAACCCCGUGGUAAAACCUUAAAGGAUACUGACACGUUGCAGUCACUCGAUGUUGGUGCCGGUGGAAAGUUGUACGUGCGUGAUCUGGGGCCACAGAUCAGCUGGAAGGGAGUCUUCCUUGCCGAAUACGCUGGACCUAUAUUUGUUUAUUUAAUCUUCUACCAGCGACCGUCUCUGAUCUAUGGACCCGCCGCCUCCAAUCCAUUGAGCAUGACGGCUAACAUCGCCGCAGCCUGCUGGGUGGGUCACUAUGCCAAACGUCUGCUGGAAACACUGUUCGUGCAUCGCUUCUCGCAUGCUACCAUGCCGCUGCGCAAUCUCUUCAAAAACUGCGCUUACUAUUGGUCCUUCGCCGGCUACGUUGCAUACCAUGUGAAUCACCCACUAUUCACCGAACCGAGUACUGCCGUUCUGUAUGCCGGAUUGGGUGCUUUCGUUAUGAGUGAACUAGGCAAUUUAUCUAUUCACGUUUUGCUGAGAAAUCUUCGACCGGCUGGAUCUACGGUUCGUAAGAUUCCAGUUCCGGAUAGUAAUCCGUUGACGCAGUUGUUCAAUUUUGUCUCUUGUCCGAACUAUACGUACGAAUUUUUCUCCUGGCUGUCGUUUUCGCUGAUGACCACGUGCGUCCCGGCUCUUAUUUUCGCGGCUGCUGGAAUGUACCAAAUGACGGUGUGGGCUAUCGGCAAACAUAAGAACUACAAGAAGGAGUUCAAGGAUUAUCCAAAAGGCAGGAAGGCAAUACUUCCGUUUAUCAUCUGAAUAUUUAAGUUAUGGAUAGUUGGUUGAAACAAAGUAGCUUUUAAUAUUCCCUUUGCUCAUGCAUUUGGUUGAUUAUUUUUUGGUCAACAAAGUCAAAUGCCUUCUAUGUUUUGUUAUAGUCACUGCAGGAUAUUUAGUUUUAUUAGCCACGUAACAAGCAACAUUUAGCUCUCAAGGAUGUAUAUGUAACGUUGCUCUUUUCUAUAAAGUAAGUGGGUUUUCAAUUAACUUAAAAACGUACUUGUAAGCAGGGGGCUUGGCCAAAAAAAACGAUAGAGAGGGAGAGGUUAAUAUAAUCUUUCAGAUUUAGAUAAUUCAUUCCUUCGAUGAUAGUUUUCUUGUAAACUAUAAAUACAUUUCGUAAAUUGGA